AUGAGAAGCUCUCAUCUGUUCAACCUCGCCUUCUUCCUCCUUGCACAAAAGUCAGUGCUCUCCACCAAGCUGAACGUGACUGUGCUCGGUACUGCCAAUGGCCAGUCGCGCUUCGAGUGCUGGGAGCUCGCCGCGCCCUUCGUCUCUUCGACACAGCCUGGCGUCAUCGGCACCCAUACCACAAACCUGGGGGACGUCUCCAACAUCACUUACAACGUAGCCCCCGCCGGUUACGACAGCGAGGUCCACACUGCACCAUUCAACCAUUAUGCUUACAUCAACUGCGACAGAUGGGUGCUUCUCCUUCAGGGACUCGGGGUCAUCACCCUGCCGUGCGACAACUCCACCGAGGUCGUGCUAACGCCGGGCGAGGCGGGCCUGAUGUUCGUCACGGAUACCGCGGACGUCAGCAUGGAGGGCCACGGCUCCUACUUCCCCGGAGUGACCGAGACCAUUUUUCUCCAGAUCCCUGCAGAGGGCAAUAAGGUGCCGGACCACAGUGUUGUCUAUGAACAUGAGCCAUGCACGCCGAACGAGUAUGCGGGUCUCAGGGGUUGGGCUACCAAUGCGUAG